AUGGAUGCUAUUCUUCAAGGUAUUCUUCAUUGUAAUGAUGACAAAGGUGUUGAGGAUGUUGAACAUGGCCUGAAAAAAACACUUGAUGAGGUUGGAGAUGCAAUGGUUGCUAUUCUUAAAGUUGAGUAUAUUUCAUACGUUGAUGGUGUGAUGGAAGUAAAUGAGGGUGGUGGUCUUAUAAAUGAUGGUGUGGAGGAAAAUGAGGGUGAUGGUGUGGGUGAAUAUGCUGGUCAAGUAGCAGGUGAGGGUGAGGGUGAUGGUGAUUGUAACACCAUGGUUUCCAGUGAUGGUGAUUGUGUUAGUGAGGAUGAUGGAGAGGGUGAUAGUGAUGUUGAGGAUGAAGAUGAGGGUAAUGGUGAGGAUGAUAGAGCAGAUAUGGAGGGAAAUGAUGCUGAUGAUGAAGGGCAUGUACCAUUCAGAAGGCCAAGAAAGCCCUUAGAAAUGAUCAUCCUGCAAAAGCUGAAGAAACCUUGUUUUGACAAAGAUGGAAUGGGUUCCACAUCUAGCUAUCCAACAGAUUUGGAGUAG